AUGGCGAGUUCCCUUUCUUCAAUCUCUCUACCGCGAUGUUUCAUCGCCAAGAACGGUAGUCAGAAAUCAAGCCCGUGGCUUUAUCAGCCGUGGACGGGCUCGAGCAGUCUCAUCCUCAACAACUCCUCAAAGCAUCAUCAUCAUCGUCCACUAUCUUCUUCUUCGCCGGCUUCCACCGUAGAAACUGAUGACGAUGACGACGACCUCACUUUCAGAGGAAUAAUGAACAGUGGCUGCAGAGGGUGCGGGAAGGAGGAGAAAGAGAGUGGAUGUAACGGGGACGGGCGGAUUCAAGGCGGCAUUGCAACUGUCCCCGGUUUCGGCUGGUGGCCCAUCAAGGCUUACCGGCCUUGUCCCGCGUUUGUGGAGGCCGGAGGUAGAUACCGCCGCAUAGGCCAGAGCAUGGACGAGGUUGCCUUUGGUCGUGGAGACUCUACUUCCACCACCGCUUCGCAGCUUAGAAGCAUGAGGCCUUUGGAGAAGGAAGACGAAUCGGUUACUGCCUUUGGACACCGGAACCGUUUUACCGGUUACUGGAUGGUGUACUACGCUUAG